AUGUUGCGGGUGCUGAGGAGAACGUUCGUGCUGGCGCUUCAAGCAUCAUCAGUCUUGGGGAAUGGAAAUCCCGACUGUUGGAUUGAGGGCUAUACAUAUCAACUAUGUUGUGAUAUCACGAAAGGCCCGAAGGGUGAGGCUGCGUGCUGGGACGGACGUUUCUCCUAUGAAACCUGCUGUUUGCAGGGCAUUCCCCAAACUGAACCUGCUCUCAACGAGUGGAACUACCAGAAUCAUGAUUUCAAGGGGAAGGAGAGUGCAGUAUUCCGUGACAGGGCGCUGUUUCAAGGCAUGUCAGAAUGCCAAAGGCGGUGGGGUUGGGAUCUGAAUAUUCAAUGGGGCCCUCCUACAGGGGUUUAUGCUGAGUUUUCUGGAAUACCACUUCGACAUUUGGCUCACGGUUGGGAUGGCCAACGCCAUGGUGACGUGGGUGGCUGCAUAGCUUUCCAUGGCCGUUUCUUUCUGAUUCGGCUGGGCUUUGACUCGGCUACGGGUCCGGCGGCUAUUCGAACCACGUCGCAGGUUCUUCAUUUCGGAUUUUGCGCUCCAAAGGUUUGCUCUGCGAAGGAGGUGGUCAAUGACCUGGUGCCUGCAUACACAUUGCAGAUCACAGAUGCGCAGCGCGUCGCGAUGACUGUUCGAUCAGUUGAUGCUUGGGAGUGGCCUCGUUUGUUGGAAUCUGUCCAUCCGGAGGGAGAAGCUUCGUCAACUCUACGUGAUCGGAUGGAUGAUGUUUCCUUUCAAGUGCUGAUCUUCCUGGCCGUUGUGUUUCUGACGCUUUUAUCUGCAACCGUGUGUGACCACUUCUGGCUAUCAGACAAAUGUUCGCUUUUAGUUUCAGAUCUGGCUCCUUUCAUGAACCCGGCACAAAUCAAGACCCGCACUGACCGUGUGGCAAGCUGGGACUUGCGUUUGUCCUUCUGUUACAGAGCUGUGGUGGCGAUGACUGUUUUGACGCUUCACUUAGCACUCGGGGAACCAGAACGACAAAUAUCUUUUCCUGAAGCUUCCAAGAACUGCGCUCUUAAAUUAGUUCGGAAAUUUGCGCGUCAGUUCCCUUUGAUAGUAUUGUCCGUGUGGUGGGAUCGGACGGGCAGUCGCUAUGCCUUUCAUGCUCGGCCGCUGUCGUAUGUGGAUACAACCUUGAGCAAGCUGGAAGGCUCAACGCUGAUAUGGACCAACGAAGUUAUGGAUGGUUUGGAAUGUAAGUCGUCGUUUUGGAGUUGCACCUCUCGUUUUUUCACCAUCAACUGGCAAGUGAGGGACGCUACAGAAAGGAUUCUGGCUUGCUUUGGCUUCCUGUUGCUUCAAGCAGCAGGCUUGAACUAUGCCAGUGCUCUCCAAUCAGUUUUGGUUUUAUUCGGUUUUGCGUACUAUUACUUCGACUAUUUCCAUGAGUCGCUGCGACGGGAGCUGAAUGCUGGGGCGAACCACCUAUUGGUGAAAAGGCUUGAGAACCCAGCAUUCUUGGGACUUUUUCUGCUGGCAAGGAGUACGGUAAGGUUUUUCCCCAACGGCUUAAUGACACAGCGUGUUGGUCUGCUGGCUGCAGGGACUGGGUGGCUUUGGUCGACCUGGAUCAAUCGAGAAGAUUAUGAACUUUGGUGCCAGGAGCGCAAUGUAAAAGAUGUGGUGGGGGACGUGCCCUUCGUACUGGGUCUCUGUAUCCUGCUGAGGACCGAGAGGAGGGUGCAGAGCCUUUCGUACUGUUCUGCCUUCACCUUGCUGUCCCGACUCAGCUUCUGCAUCCUGGUGACAGAGAACCCUUUGCAGACCUUCCUGCUAGAGGGCUACUCAUCAAAGGGCCUCCCACUGGUGCGGAGCAAUCGAGCAGACCCUUUCUGGGAACAGCUGCUGCUGGGUCCGGGGCUGCUGUUGGCGCACCUUCUGUGUGCAUUGCUGCUGUACUUGAUGGUGCAGAGGCCCUUCGCCCAUUUGUGCCAGGAUACCUUCACCAUGGCUUCACCUUUUGGUACCACUUUACACAGCUUAUCUUGCGUACUUUCGAAACCAACAAGCACCGAGGAGAAAACGGAUCUCGUCAGAUUUCAUCCCUACUCCGCCUUUCUGAUAUCGUGA